AUUCACGAUUGAUUUUUAAUAUAAUUACACUAUAACUAUGUUCGUGUUUCUAGGUCAUAAUAUGAUUACACAUCUCUUGUCUUGUACCGCAUAUAGGCUUGAGUAGACCUAUAAUGGGCUAUAUUUCACAAUAGGAAGAUUGGAUACACAUCAACUAGAAUUGUGUUAUAGACUCACAGUGUCGUUGUUAGUGAUAUUACAUAUACAAAAAUGAAAAAGAAGGUAACUUCUGAUAUCCGGUCGCUCGUAGAGCAUUCGGUGAGUACUGGUGAGCGAUGUUUAUUUGUCAUUGUCGGUGACAAGGGUCGUUUACAAGUAUCGAACCUGCAUUAUUUGCAUCAGCGUGUUUCCGGUAGUAAGGCCAAGGUGCUUUGGUGCUAUAAGAAGAACCUAGAGAUGUCUUCUAACGCUCGUAAGCGCCACAAGCUUCAAAAGAAGUUGGCUUACCGUGGAUUAUAUGACGAUGUCACUGAAGACCCGUAUGAGCUUUUUGUGCGUACCACUGACAUUCGUUACUGUUUCUAUAAGGAAUCUCAGAAGGUGCUCGGUCAAACUUUUGGUUUCCUUGUGCUUCAGGACUUUGAAGCCCUUACGCCUAAUGUGCUCUGCCGUACUGUGGAGACUGUACAGGGUGGCGGUGUUAUCAUCCUAUUACUCCAAACAAUGGCAUCGUUGAACCAGUUAUACGAGAUAUCUAUGGACAUUCAUGCUAAGCUGGUCAGUCAUGGUCACAACACUAUUGAGCCUCGUUUUGUAAAGCGUUUUAUCUAUUCACUUUCUACGGCGUGCAACACUAUUGUUGUUGACGACGAGUUGAAUGUUCUCCCUAUCGCAAAGAUGAAGCUAUCAGAUCUCCCCAAGAACCGUAGUGACAAGAAGCUUAGCAAAUUGCAGCUUUCGUUGGCCUCCAGUGAGGAGGAUGCUCAUGAGAUGCAAUUGCUUACUAAACUCUCUACGUUAUGUAUUAAGCAUGGUCAGCUAAAGGCUAUCAUCAGUUUGUUUAAUGUAGUUUCCAAGGGUGCUGAGAUUGUGCAGCGAUUGAACAUUACUACUAUUAUCAGUGCCCGUGGUAGGGGUAAGAGUGCCACUAUCGGUUUGUUCCUAUCAGCUGCUUUGAACAUGGGUUUCCGCAACAUUCUGAUAGUGGCUCCUGCUAUAGAGAAUGUACAGACACUAUUUAGUUUCUUGGAGAGUGGUUUACAUCUUCUGGGCACUCCUGAGAAUGCUAAGGUCAUUAUCAAUCGCAAGGACAGCUACAUUGAGAGUGUUACGUUGAGUGUCAAGGGCAGUACAUGCGUUAAAUUCGUUGAAUCUAGCAGUAUUGACCCUAAAUCUGGUGCUAGUAACUACUUGUAUGACAUUUUGAUUAUUGAGGAAGCUGCCUCUAUUCCUUUACCAAUUGUGGAGUCGCUAUGUAAAAAGGGCAUAGUCAUUCUAUCAUCCACUGUUGGCGGUUACGAGGGCACCGGUCGUUCUUUGAGUUUGAAGCUGAUCGAACGUUUCCGUAAUACAAAUCCUGAAGCGUUGACUGAGAUUACUCUAAAGGAACCCAUUCGUUAUAGCAAGAACGACUCCAUAGAGGCAUGGUUAAACAGCCUACUAUGCUUGGGUACCUACGUAGACGAUGCUAAAGACCGAUCUGAUUUGCCUCCACCUAAUCAAUGCCAACUAUACUUGGUUAAUCGGGAUGUUUUAUUUUCAUAUCACCCCAAGGCAGAAGUCUUUCUAUCCUCAGUUGUGGCUGUGUUGUCAUCUUCUCAUUAUCGUAACUCUCCUGACGACCUAUUGCUGUUAAGUGACGCUCCAGCGCACAAGUUGCUAGUUUUAAUGGCACCCAACUUAGACUCAGAGGACAGUGAGUUUGACCUUAAAAGCAGUGUUUUAUGUGUGUUACACGUUGCUAUUGAGGGUCGUAUUGACAAGUUGAUUGCUAAAGAGGCAGUUGCUCAGGGUACGACUAAGCGCAGUGGUGACUUGAUUCCUUGGACCUUGACGCAGAACUUUUGCAGUGAUGAUUUUUGUCAGCUUUUGGGUGUUCGCAUUGUGCGUGUUGCUGUGCCUCAGCCACUUCAGCGUAUGGGUUAUGGUGGCGAGUGUUUAUCUCAGUUUAUCCAGAAUGUUGACGGUGUUGUUAAUCAGGUGGUUGACCAAUCGUCACUCCUGGUGCCUGUGGACCCAUCUGCAGGUUUAAAGUCGGGUGCCGAGAAGGUUGAUUACGUGGGUACUUGCUUUGGUUUGAGUUUGUCAUUACUCAAGUUUUGGGUCAAGUUAUCUCUGAAGCCUGUUUACUGCAGGCAAGUUCCCAACGAGGCCACUGGUGAAUUUUCUAUUAUAUUACUACGUUCUACUAAUCCGGGUGAAGAAUCGCAAAAGCCAUGGCUCGAUGUGUUUUGUGAGGAUUUUGCACGUCGUUUACUUGGAUUGGGUGGUGCUUGCUGGCGUUCUUUGCCUGCCACUCUAUUGCUUAUGAUGUUGACAUCAUCUAGUGAGCACAUGGUUACAUCAGAUCACUCUAGCCUACUUGAGGUGUUUACAUCGUUUGACAUGGGUCGGCUUGAGCGAUAUUCGGCCCAAAUUGCUGAAUUCACGCUGAUUACUGAUUUGUUGCCGACCAUAUGCCGCUUUGUGUUUGAGAAGAAGAUUGACAUAUCGCUAUCUUAUCUCCAGUGUGCUAUUCUUCUUGGUAUUGGAUGUCAGGGUAAAUCCCCAAUGUCCAUGUCCCAGGAGCUUAACAUGCCACUCAACCAGAUUAUGGCCCUACUGCACAAGAGUGUGGCCAAGUUUUCCAAGAAGUUGGGUGUCUUGGAGAAGGAACAUGUUGCUAAGUCUCUUUAAUUGCCAGUUUGUUGU